CUUCCUCUUCCCACCCACAGCCAGCAGCCCGAUGGGAUGCUGGCGGAAUGUUUGAGGCGGGCUCUUCAGAGAGACCCAGGUGCUGGGACAACGUCCACGGGCCGCUAGUCCUUAUCGCCACAGCGUUUCACCACAUCAGCAUUACCUGGUGCUGAGCCAUUUUGGACGCGGGGCUCGACGCUGCAGCUCCACUCUCCCCCUUUCUUUCUCUCUCUCUGCUGGCCGCUGAGCGCAGAAGAAGCCCACACGGAAGUUGGUGGAUGGCAGCUCUUUUCCAGAAGUUCACAAUGAGGACGAGCGUUUUGGUGCUGCUGCUCGGAGCUUUCACCUGUGGACUGGCACAGGGAGACGAAAACACAGCCGACGAGCUGCAGGUGGAGACCUUGGUGAAACCAGAAACUUGCUCGGUACUCUCCACCAUGGGAGACACGCUGCAAAUCCACUACACGGGUAAACUGAUGGAUGGAAAAGUGAUCGACACAUCACUAUCUCGGGAUCCUCUGGUCGUCGAGCUGGGGAAGAGGACAGUUAUCGCCGGUCUGGAACAAAGUUUGCUUGGCGUGUGUGAAGGGCAAAAAAUCAAAGCCACUAUUCCUUCUCACCUUGCAUAUGGGAAAAAAGGUUAUCCUCCGACCAUUCCAGGUGAUGCUGCGCUUGAGUUCGAGGUGGAAGUGAUUUCUCUAAUGCAACAGACACAGUGGCAGAAAAUGGUCAAUGAUGUGUUCCCCCUCGUGUGCUUGGCUCUGGUGCCCACUCUGCUUGGCUUGGUGGGACUUUACCUCUACCAAAAGGCCAAUGCCCAGAAGCCUAACAAAAAGAAGGCGAAGGACAAGAAGAGCAAGAAGAAAUAAGGACAAGCCACAGAACUAUUUAAAUAAAUUUUUUUAAUUGAAA